AUGGCCCAUGUCACACGCCGAGGCAAGGCAUCCUUGUUCCGUCGAAACACGGAAACCGGGCACUACUUGGCACAGAUGGCAGAGGGGAGCAGGUCUACGAACCUCACGUGCCCACCUCUGCGCGGCACCCUGGCCCUGAGCCGACGCCGGCCCUCGGAAGCGAAACUGCCCGAG